AUGUCUAAUAUAAUUUCUCUUUAUUAUCUUUUUCAGUUUGUUAUUUUUCUCUAUAUUAUUCCAAUUUAUAUUACUAUUGAAACUACAAUAAAAAUUGUUUUUCUCAACGGUUUAAAUGUAAUUCGUUGUUCAGAUCAUCAAGUACAAGUAUAUAAAUUACCAUAUUAUACUGGAGUAACAUUCAACAGUAUAAUAACAUGUGAUACAAAAGAUGAAAUCUAUUCUCCACAAUAUACUGGUUUUAAAUGGGGUAAAUUAAAACUUAUUUGUUCUUCGCAUGGUACUAAAGUACAGGAAGAACAAGUUAUUAUAAAAUCCAAAAAUGGUGAUAUUCAAGAUAUUCCUUCUGCUAAAGGUCAAUUAGGUCAAUCGACAGAAUUGUACGAGUUAAUAGUCAAAUCUAGUCUUAUUUCUGACACCAGAAUAGUAUCAAGGGAACAACCAGCAGAUGAUGCAUAUUUUGAUGAAAAUAUUACACCAAAAGAAAGAAGAAUUUACAUAUGGUUUCCAGAUCAUCCAAUUAUUUGUCGAAUAAUAUUUACUGGUGAUGAAAAUAAUCCAUGUCCUUCAAUGCAUAAUCAAGAGAUCGAUGAUGUUGAUUAUGCAUGUUAUUAUAAUCCGGGUGCUGAUGGACUACCAACGAAAGAACAAAUGGAAGCUGAAUUAAAACAAAUAGAAGAAACAGAUGAUAAACCAACUACUGUUGCAGCAUAUUUUCGUAUGUAUAUUCGUACUCCAUCACGUCGUAAACGCAAAGAUAAUACUUCAAUUGAUUCUGCUGAAAUUUAUGAUGAUGAAUUAAACGAUCAAACAAACAACUCAUCAUAUCAUAACACACCUCAUCCUAUAAACUCAUCAAAAUCAAAAGAAAAACAUGAUAUACUAAAGAUUAUUGGACUGAUAUUUGGAAUAAUUUUACUUAUUGGUCUCAUUGGUGGUGUUAGUUAUUUUCUCAUUCGAAAACAUUACUUUAAGAAGUCUUCAUCAUCAACAAUGAACAUUGAAAACGAUGGGAAAGAUUCAUAUUCUCUUAGUACAAAUCAAAGUCAACAAUCAUUAACUGUAACAUCAACAAAUGAAACAAAUACACAUGUACCUAUGAAUGUGUCGCCACAAGAAGAACAAACUUUUGCUAGAUUACAACCACCCGAUAGAAAUAAACGACAAAGAACUGAUACUAGUAUGAUUUUUAAUGAAGAUAUGUGA